GUCAAACGUCAGAUUUUUAAAUGAUUGAGGUUGUCUAAUAACAUCGAUUUUUAGGUAAAACAAUCAUAAACAUGAAGUUAUAAAUAAUGUAAGCAAUUCAAAUAAAUGGUAUUUGUGACGAUGAUGACUGCUGCACAGGAUGUCUUCACUUUAAAGUGUAUAUUAAAUAAUAUAAAAAUCAGGCUGUGUUCUCGGAUAGAGAGUGGAGUCAAACAGCUUUUGGCUCUAAUUACAAGUGACAAUGAUGUCGUAUUUCAUUACACUUACGGUGAAUUACCUCCGGUAAUUAAGAGAGUUCCUUGGUUGUCAGAUUCAAAUAAAGUUAUUCAAGCUGUUUGUUUCGACCCUACUGCAACAUGGCUUUUAGUUGUUUCAAUUGAUGGUUCCUUGUACAUAAUUCCUGCAUUGAGUUUAACAGACAAAAAACAAAAAAUUGACUGCAAAUGGUCUCUGAACGAUAUAACCCAUUUCCCAAAGCAUUCACAAACGCCAGAUUCAAAACCUACAUGUGUUGUAUGGUGGCAAACUUUAGAUUGCAAUCAGAAUGCUUUAGUAGGCUACGAAAGUGGGGCUAUAGCUUUGAUAAGCUUAACUGAUGGACGAUGUUUGGGGUGUUGUGCAAUUUCCGAAACUGUGACGGGACUUUCACUGUGUCAAGACAAUACUCUAGACUCAGUUUCAUUAUUGAUAAAUGGAGACAGCGGUCAACAAUGGCGUCUAGUACUUGAACAAAACUCAGUUGGCUGUUUAUGGCCUCCUGAAUCAACAAACCAAUCAGAUGACUUGACGCGCUCAAGAUUGUAUAAUUUGAAGCAAAUGGGGGUGGAUAAGUUGGCAUCACUAAAACAAAGGUUGGUCGAGGCCAGAAGUGGCAGAAGGGAUAGUCAAAGUGAUACAGCAAGUGAAUCUUCACAUUCAGAAUCCACACAUUUAGGUCCUGAGCUAUUGCCUUGUCUUUGUGAUACUAUUUUUGCACCACAAUAUGCAAGAAAUCGUUACUUAUUUUCUGCGUUUUAUAAACCCACAAGUUUAUUAACUGUACAUGGAGUAGAUGUUGAUUCAGCGCCGUUGUUUGUCCACAAGUUGAUGAAUGGGACAAGUUCACUUUUAUUGACUGAUAAAUUGAUUUAUACUGUUAAUGAUGAAAGAAAUAUUAUUACUAUUGUUAGUACUCAAUUGUCCGAGUGUAGAAUGGAGGGCGAUGCAAAAUUCAAUCCUGAUGCGCUUGUUGCACAAUUUAUAAUUGAAAAAGAGAAAAUUUUGAAUAUUUACAAGUUGACAGACUUGAGUUGGGGAAGAAGCAGAAAAUAUAAAGAUGAACAAAGGAAGGAAAAACAUUAUGAAAUGCCUAAAACAGUAGAGGAUUUGAACAUAAAGAAACCAAGAGUUGACACUUGUGUGGUUAUCACUAAUGCUUCUGUAUACAAAGUUGUGAUUAGUUGCUCUCCCAUAAACAAAUUUGUCCAUUUUGUUACGGCUGAUAACGAUUUGGAAAAAGCUGAAAGAUUGUCAAUAAUUUUCGGCUUAAAUAUACAACAAUUACUGGAAGCAUGUGGCGAUUUAAUGAUUACUAAAGGAUCAUUCCAUUCUGGUAUAAUUUUGUAUAAACAAGCAAAAGUCCAUUUGUUGAAAAGAGUCCUCAAACUUGCCAUCUCAGCCGACUGUCGAACUCUUCUUAAAUUCGUACAUCUUUGUCUGAGUGCAAGUCGAGUAGAUAUGUCGAUGGCAACGAAAAUCCACAUUGGUAAUUUAGCCGUUAUGGCCUACACCGAAUUAAUCCUCCGACAUGGCGGACAGGCUCGAAUUUCAAACACUAAAGAUUUCAUGAAUUUCUUGCGUUAUGAAGAGUUCUAUGACCAGAUUUUAGCUGUUAACGUUGCCUGCCAAGCCGGUCAUUGGAACAUUGUUUCUUUAUUAGCCAAAUGUCGUGGUUUACAGCCUGAAGUUGUUACAGCUUUUGGCCAAAUACUUCAAAGUGCAAGAGCACCAAGACCCAACGAUCGUGAAUUUUUAUUCGCUCUUUCUGAACCGAGUUUAACACAAAGUCUUGUGAUUUUGCCUCAAAGUAGUAAAGAGAUUUUUAAUUUUGUUCGCACUAAUGUGGACACCUUUCCUGUUGACAUUCUUCAAAGAUUUGCCGUACAAUUAGAUCCGAGUCAGCCAUGUGUCAUCCCUUUAGUGAACAAAAUAUUUUACACGAAUAAAUAUUCGUCUAGUCUUGACACCACUAUAGAAUCCGUCGAUAUGGAAAAUCCGGAUAAGGCCUUAAUUACCAUAAAAGAUUUAAUAGAGACAUUUUUGUUCGUUUUAAUUAAACUCAUUGGGAAAACGGAUAAGGACGAAUACAAUAUCCAUUUGUUAGAUUUUACAGAUCCUCCUGAGCCUCCUGUCGAAGAAUCUUUAAUUAAUAAAAUGCCAGAUUUGCAUCACUUGAGUUGCGGCUUUGAACACGCUGCAGUCGUGCGAAAUUCGUGUCUUUACACAAUGGGGGUCUCCAGUUCCGGGUGUUUAGGUCUGGGUCCACUUCUUACUCAAAGUAGUCCUCCGAAAUUAGUCCAAACUUUAUUCGACCUAAAAGUCAAAGUCUUGAGUGUUAGUUGUGGUCGCAAACAUACACUCGCUUUGACUGACUACGGGAUUUAUGGUUGGGGUUCAAAUACUUACGGUCAACUCGGUUUAGGUCCUCUAAUACAAGAGAGUCCCUACCCCCAAAUUAUCACAACUCUUGCUUUCAAAAAAAUUGUCCAAAGCAGUGCUGGACAAUACCAUACAAUUGCAUUGACAUCUAGCGGCGAAGUGUACACUUGGGGAUGGGGUAUUCACGGCCAACUCGGUCAUGGUGACUGCGACAAUGUCUACUACCCUAAAUUGUUGCCGUUUAAACAUAAAGUUAUACAAGUGGCGGCAGGUCAUGCACAUAGUUUGAUUUUAACAAGAGAAGGUAAACUGUUCGGAUUCGGUUCCAAUGUUUUUGGACAAUUGGAGUAUUGCCAACUUGAUUCAAACAAAUCCACUCGACCUGUUUUGAUUUUGAUUAUGCCGGAUAUUUAUACUCCUAUUGAAAAAAUUGCGACUGGAUACUUUCAUAACAUCGCUGUUCGUGCAGAUCAAGACGUUUAUACUUGGGGUGCUAGCCCCCAAGAAGUCAGAAUUUUACAAUCAAAGAAUCUGCAGAAACAAAAUGGUUUGUCGUUGAAAGGGCCCGAUUCGUGGAAAGCGAGUGUUCAUGUUUAUUCCGGUGGUAAUAAAAAACCAAUAGAACAAGUCGUUGUUGGUUACAGACAUUCAGUUAUUUUGCACAACGGAAAGUUAUUGUGGGGUAAAAACAAAGACGAUGAACUUAGUCCCCCCAAACUUAAUGAUAAAGAUAAUAUUAGUUUUUUUGCGCACAAGUUUAUACAUGUCUCGUGUGGAUUAGAUUACACUAUGGCGAUCGAUCAUGCUGGGAAGCUUUUAGCUUGGGGAAGCCCCUCUAUGGCUCAGACAAUUCUCGGACGCUCUCUAGAUGAAGACAACAAAGCUACAACUGAAGGCAAAGUCAUUGUAUUUAAAAAUACUCGCAGAGUGAUCAAGUUUCCCAAUAAUUUCGAUGGAAAUACGGAUAAUUUUCCAGUUGAAGUUCCGGGAUUGCCGUCAAUGGCCAUAACUUUUAAUCCCUCUGACCAUAGGUCAUUAUUUAUUAAAAAAUACGUACCUUACGCUGUAUUGCAAAUAGAGAACGAUCAAGACUUUGAUCAAACGUUCAAACCUCCAACAAAAAACACAUCACCACUUAAUUUUAUUCAAAACAUUCCUAAAUUUAAAUUCGGACAAAAGACAUUACAUUAUGCUCUCGAAACGUAUCAUGGAUUUUACGAUUCAGAGAAUGUCAUGUUCAAGUGUUUGGAUAUAAAUAAUUACCAAGGUGCUAGUAAAAUCGCGAUGUUGAAUGGUCAUUUUGGCGAUAGUUUGGGAUUUCAAUUGACGGCUUUUAAAAAAUAUAUGGAUUCGUGUGAUUUGGAUUUAGAUUCGAUUUUUGUAAAUAAGGAACAGUAUGAUAAUAUUAAGGAGAAAGAACAGGACUUUGUCGAAUUCGUUGUUAAGAAUAUCCAAGAGGAUUUUGGAGAGAAACAUUAUUUAAAUUCGCCGGCACACAUUUUCAGUUCAAGUUCGUCUCUUGACAGCAUAAGACAGUGGGGUGACGAUGUGGAACAUCAGGGCGGCCGUGAGAGUCCUUGUGAAAUGUCUGACAUAGGAGACAUCCGAGAAAGUAUGAGCCAUUACGUACAAUCAUUAAAAAGUAACGAUAAUUCACCUCCAAUUACAAGUGUUUCAAAACGAGUCUCAGAGUCAGACAGUAUUAAAAAGAGAGUGCUCAACGAUGAAGAAUUCAUAGACCUAGAAAUAAAAGAUCAAAGGACUCGCAAAGUAAUAGAAAACGCAUCGAAAUUGAUCGAAUUUUAUAUAAGAAAAAUUUACGUGUCUGAAAACCAUAUUUUAAUGCAGAACGCUUUAAUGAAAUGUAUCGAUUUUUGGUUAAGUAAUAACUUGCCGGUUCCUAUUUUAGAGAAUGUACUUUUAAAAAACAUGGACAAGUAUUUUUAUCCUUUGUCAAUCUUAUUGUUUUGUAAAAAUUUCACCAAUGGUUUGGACGACGAAAUUAUCAAAGAAAAAGGAGAUUCUGCGGGAUUUUUAAAGGAAUUUUCAACUAAAUUUUGCCUUCAUCUGUGUUCUAUGGUGUUAGAAAAUGUCAAUAAAGCGUAAUCGGCCAAAAUUUGACCGACCCAUUUUCGUGUUUGCUUAAAAUGUGUGGUGACACAAAAGUAAAGUUCAAAAACGACAACCGUAUUUAUACUAGUCUUGAUUAGAUCUCAUUUGAUGUGUAGUCAUUAUGUUUAGUUGUCUUCCAGGUUUUAGAAUACAUGAUGAUACAUUACAGUUUAAGAAAUUGCAUAUUUUUUUUGUGAUAACGUUUCAGCUCAGAGCUAAUGCACAAUUUAUAUAGCAUCACAUCAAUUUCGUUAUGUAAUUUUAGUAAACCCAUAUUUUAUGUAUUUGUGCAGAUAUUAGGUAAUAUGUAGGUCUUCAAAUGUAUUUUCAAUAAACUUAUUCAAACACAAAA